AUGUUGACUCAACUGACCGCAACUCAAAUGACCACACACCUCCUGGAUUGCAACGAGGACGUGCUGCGCCUGAUCCUGGACUACCUGUCACAAGAUGAUCUUUACAAAGUCUGUCUGGUCCAUCCGCAACUGCGCUAUCUCGCCGAGGCACCUCUCUACUCCACCAUCGAACUCUAUUAUGACGAGGAAAAAUACUCCUCGACGCGCCACCCCAUCACCUCACUUAUACGCACCCUAUUGCGUCGACCGGACCUUGCCACUCUCGUACGGUCUGUCUCGUGUUUGCCAGGUGAACACACGGGGGAGAUUCUAGAGGCUCAAAAUAUCCCCGUGUGUGAGACAGGCCUAAAAGAGGCCUUGUCCUUCGUGGAGAAGACUGGGCUACCAUACCGCGACACUUGGAUGGAAGAGCUACGCCAGGGCAACCUCGACGCCUACCUCGCCAUCCUAUUAUCGCAGUUACCGCGCCUCCGACGCUUGUAUCUCACCCACAAGUUCUCCCAAAAAACCGACCUCAUAACUCUCGUCUUACGAAGCAUGCUUUGCGAUUCCCACCCCAGUCAACCCAUACCCGGCAUCAACAGCACCAGCUUACACCAACUCCAAACCGUCUCCCUCGAACGCUUCCCCGGCCACUACCUGACCCCUAGCUCCCUAAACACAGAAAACAUCCUCCCCUUCUUCUACCUCCCAUCCAUCCAAAUCCUCGACCUCCCCAUCGACGACCCCCCCACCUCCACCCUCCCCUGGCCCACUCCCCAACCGCCCUCCGCCCUCAACCUCCACACCCUCGCCCUCCGCCACAUCCGCGAAGCCCACCUCGCCGCGCUCCUCACCGCCACCCCCCACCUCCACACCCUCAACUGGCAAUGGCGUUUCGACCCAGACAUCACCACCGACGCCGCCAACACGCCCACCGUCAACCUGACCCAACUCCUCCUCGCCCUCACCCCGCUCCACCCCACCCUCACCACGCUGCACAUCCACGCCUCCUGCCUCUACACCACCCAACCCUUCAUCCCCUUCCCCCUCUCCAUCCACGGCACCAUGGCCGCACUCGCCCACUUCGCCCACCUGCGCACCCUCACCAUCCCCCUCGUCUUCGUCACCGGCUUCGCCCUCCCCCUGCCCACCCACCCCCACCACACCCUCGCCCACUGCCUCCCGCCCAGUCUUGAGGUCCUGACCCUGACCGAUGACCUGUACGUGGAUAUCGAUACGAAGGAGCCGUGGGACGAGACGGGCCAUGCGGCGGCGGUGAGGGAUUGGUUGGCGUUGUUUGGCGGUGACAACGACCCAGAACUGCUGGAAAUGGUAGUGUUAAUGGUGCUGGUGGGAACGGGGUGCGGGGUGGUGAUCCCGAGGUUGCGGAGGCUGGGGUUGGUAAUGCGUGGGGAGGAUGAGGAGGUUUGUGAGGGGGAGCGGGAGGUGAGGAGUGAGAUGGGGGAGUUGGCGAGGCGGGUGGGGGUGGAGUUGUGGGUGAGGCGGGGGGGUUGGGAAGGGGGUGAGUGA